AUGCAGAGUCUUACCUGUGGAGGCCGGGGCUGUCGCACAAACUCGGACGCUGGCGGAAGAGGCUCCGUCGCCGUAGAAGCGUCGACCCGUUCGGUUACGCUUCGCCGCAGAUCGCUACUCACACCGCUGGGCAGAGUAUCACUCUGUCCGCUUCUUCAUGGAGCCUGCAAACAACCCGUCCCUGGUUUCUCCGUGAACGGCAGCUCCAGCGUGGUCCUGCAGCCCGUCCCCUGUGACUCCUCCGCCUCGUCUGUGCUCUCUGCGCCCUCUUUUCCUGUUUCCUCUGCAAAUAUGUCUCUGCCAAUCUUAAGCUCCACAGGUGCAUGUACUAACAACCUGAGGCUGAUCAACUCUGUCUCCAACUGCUCCGGCAGAGUGGAGAUCUUCCACUCUGGCCAGUGGGGGACAGUGUGUGAUGACAACUGGGAUUUUAGUGAUGCUCAGGUGGUUUGUCAGCAGCUGGGCUGUGGCAGGGCUAUGUCAGCAAAACUAAGUGCACAUUUUGGAGAGGGCAGUGGACCAAUCUGGUUGGACAAUGUUCAGUGUCAAGGAAAUGAGUCAUCAAUAACAGACUGUGUACAUCAAGGACUUGGAUCCCACAACUGUGGUCAUCAUGAGGAUGCUGGUGUCAUCUGUGAAGGUACUAACAGCCUGAGGUUGGUCAACUCUGACUCCAACUGCUCCGGCAGAGUGGAGAUCUUCCACUCUGGCCAGUGGGGGACAGUGUGUGAUGACAGCUGGGGACUUAAUGAUGCUCAGGUGGUUUGUCAGCAGCUGGGCUGUGGCAGGGCUGUGUCAGCAACACAAAGUGCACAUUUUGGAGAGGGCAGUGGACCAAUCUGGUUGGACAAUGUUCAGUGUCUAGGAAAUGAGUCAUCAAUAACAGACUGUGUACAUCAAGGACUUGGAUCCCACAACUGUGGUCAUCAUGAGGAUGCUGGUGUCAUCUGUGAAGGUACUAACAGCCUGAGGUUGGUCAACUCUGACUCCAACUGCUCCGGCAGAGUGGAGAUCUUCCACUCUGGCCAGUGGGGGACAGUGUGUGAUGACAGCUGGGGACUUAAUGAUGCUCAGGUGGUUUGUCAGCAGCUGGGCUGUGGCAGGGCUGUGUCAGCAACACAAAGUGCACAUUUUGGAGAGGGCAGUGGACCAAUCUGGUUGGACAAUGUUCAGUGUCUAGGAAAUGAGUCAUCAAUAAUAGACUGUGUACAUCAAGGACUUGGAUCCCACAACUGUGGUCAUCAUGAGGAUGCUGGUGUCAUCUGUGAAGGUGCUAACAACUCCGUUUCUCCAACUUCACCUGGUCAGAAUCCUCUGAGUUCUGCAGUGAGGCUGGUCAACUCAGAUUCCAACUGCUCUGGCACAGUGGAAAUCUUCCACUCUGGCCAGUGGGGGACAGUGUGUGAUGACAGGUGGGAUUUUAGUGAUGCUCAGGUGGUUUGUCAGCAGCUGGGCUGUGGCAGGGCUGUGUCAGCAAAACUAAGUGCACAUUUUGGAGAGGGCAGUGGACCAAUCUGGUUGGACGAUGUUCAGUGUCUAGGAAAUGAGUCAUCAAUAACAGACUGUGUACAUCAAGGACUUGGAUCCCACAACUGUGGUCAUCAUGAGGAUGCUGGUGUCAUCUGUGAAGGUGCUAACAACUCAGUUUCUCCAACUUCACCUGGUCAGAAUCCUCUGAGUUCUGCAGUGAGGUUGGUCAACUCAGAUUCCAACUGCUCUGGCAGAGUGGAGAUCUUCCACUCUGGCCAGUGGGGGACAGUGUGUGAUGACAGCUGGGGACUUAGUGAUGCUCAGGUGGUUUGUCAGCAGCUGGGCUGUGGCAGGGCUGUGUCAGCAACACAAAGUGCACAUUUUGGAGAGGGCAGUGGACCAAUCUGGUUGGACAAUGUUCAGUGUCUAGGAAAUGAGUCAUCAAUAACAGACUGUGUACAUCAAGGACUUGGAUCCCACAACUGUGGUCAUCAUGAGGAUGCUGGUGUCAUCUGUGAAGGUGCUAACAACCCAGUUUCUCCAACUUCACCUGGUCAGAAUCCUCUGAGUUCUGCAGUGAGGUUGGUCAACUCUGACUCCAACUGCUCUGGCAGAGUGGAGAUCUUCCACUCUGGCCAGUGGGGGACAGUGUGUGAUGACAGGUGGGGACUUAAUGAUGCUCAGGUGGUUUGUCAGCAGCUGGGCUGUGGCAGGGCUGUGUCAGCAACACAAAGUGCACAUUUUGGAGAGGGCAGUGGACCAAUCUGGUUGGACAAUGUUCAGUGUCUAGGAAAUGAGUCAUCAAUAACAGACUGUGUACAUCAAGGACUUGGAUCCCACAACUGUGGUCAUCAUGAGGAUGCUGGUGUCAUCUGUGAAGGUGCUAACAACUCCGUUUCUCCAACUUCACCUGGUCAGAAUCCUCUGAGUUCUGCAGUGAGGUUGGUCAACUCAGAUUCCAACUGCUCUGGCAGAGUGGAGAUCUUCCACUCUGGCCAGUGGGGGACAGUGUGUGAUGACAGGUGGGGACUUAGUGAUGCUCAGGUGGUUUGUCAACAGCUGGACUGUGGCAGGGCUGUGUCAGCAACACAAAGUGCACAUUUUGGAGAGGGCAGUGGACCAAUCUGGUUGGACGAUGUUCAGUGUCUAGGAAAUGAGUCAUCAAUAACAGACUGUGUACAUCAAGGACUUGGAUCCCACAACUGUGGUCAUCAUGAGGAUGCUGGUGUCAUCUGUGAAGGCGCUAACAACCCAGUUUCUCCAACUUCACCUGGUCAGAAUCCUCUGAGUUCUGCAGUGAGGUUGGUCAACUCUGACUCCAACUGCUCUGGCAGAGUGGAAAUCUUCCAAUAUGGCCAUUGGGGGACAGUGUGUGAUGACAGCUGGGGACUUAGUGAUGCUCAGGUGGUUUGUCAACAGCUGGGCUGUGGCAGGGCUGUGUCAGCAAAACUAAGUGCACAUUUUGGAGAGGGCAGUGGACCAAUCUGGUUGGACGAUGUUCAGUGUCUAGGAAAUGAGUCAUCAAUAACAGACUGUGUACAUCAAGGACUUGGAUCCCACAACUGUGGUCAUAAUGAGGAUGCUGGUGUCAUCUGUGAAGGUAAAUGUAUUAUUCUAUUUUAAGUUCACUCAAGCAGUUGUCA